AUGCAUCGAUUUACGAUUUUACUGGUCAUCGCAGUAGCGUAUGAAGUAGUAGCAAGAGGAGUUGAAAAAGAUUCCCGAUCUGAACAAUCUGGGCUCAUUGCACCAGUAGUAGCCGCUCCCGUCGGUUAUGCUGGUGCAGGCCAUGGCGCUGGACUCAUAGGAGGUGUAGUAGCAGCCCCUGCCGCAGUUGUUGCUGGACACGGCUUCGCCGCCGGACCUGGCAUCGUCACUGGACCCGGCAUAGUCACCGGGGCUGGCGUAGUCAGUGCGCCUGGUAUUGGCAGCGCUGUCGCCAUCAAUAACGCUGCUGCCGUCGGUGCCGCUCAGCUUAGUGCCAUUCAAAACGCACAAGCUGUACAAGCCGCUCAGAUCGCUAAUUCCGCCGCCGCCGCUAUCCAAGGAGCCCGUGUGACUGAAGCCGCCGCGAGAGCAGGCCAGGCCAAUGCUAUCUCCAAUGCUCAGGCUCUUGACGCUGCACGAGUAGCUAACAUUCAGAGAGCUCAAGCUGCCGCUUUCGAAAAUGCAAGGGCUCUUGAAGCCGCAAGACGUGCCGCGGCCGCCAGUGCUGCCGAAGUAGCCCGCGCUGUGGAAGCCGAACGCCUCGCUAACGCCGCCCGCGUUCAGGCAGUCGCCAUCGCCAAUACACGCUCUGUUGAAGCCGCUCGCAUCGCUAAUGCUGCAAGAGCGCAAGCAGCUGCCGUUGCUAACAGCGCCGCUCAAGCUCAAGCUGUUGCCGACUCGGUAGCAAGAACCGUCGACGGUGGUUUGAUUUCUGGAGGAUUGAUCUCUGGUGGCGUUGUUUCUGGAGGUGUGGUUUCCGCUGUACCGGUAGGCGGACUGGUCUCUGCUGGUGGAUUAGGCGGCGUUGGAUUGGGCGGUUAUGGAUUGGGCGGUUAUGGAUUGGGGGGAAUCGGAUUGGCUGGACCGGCCUUGGGCGCCAAGAUUGUUCAUCACUAA